UUGCUCUUGCGAGAAAAGCAGCUGAUAAAAGUUUCAUCGUAACAAGCGAAAUCAAACAAAAUGUUCUAGCCGGAUCUAUUUUUGGUGCUGUUUAAAACAUUAUUUUACUUUUCUCUACAUUUAUUUAUUUAAAAGUCAUAUAAAAACAUAGCAUGGAGAGUUUAAGAAACGUUAGUAUACAUUUUGAUAGCACCCUUCCUCAAAUUCAAAAUGGUGACUCUUUGGGAGAUCAUGUCGAAGAAAUGGAUGAAGUGAAACCAAUAAUGAAUGAGGAUCAACAUAAAAAAAAUCAGAAGUUAGAUAGACAAUUUAAUUCGUUGCCAAAUCUUGUUUAUUCACAAAAUAACCAGCAAAAGCAAAAACAUUUAUUAUCAGUUUCUGAACAAAGUUAUUCAAUUCAGCAAGGUAAUUCUCAUAUAUAUUCUCCACAUUGGUCUAGAAGUCUUGAACAGUCAGAUCAACAGUAUGUACACUCUGAAUCUUAUUUGUCAUCUGGUCAAAACUAUACAAAUAAUGGUGGUUUCCAAUACACAUCAGCAACGUUUGGAGGACAUGCAGGUAUGUUUGAUUUUUCAAAACUCGUUUCAACAGCUACUCCUUCCAUUAAUAACUAUGAUAGUACUUCAAAUGACAUAUCAGUAAGUCACUUACAAAACUCUGAUCAACUUGAACAACAUUAUGUAAGUGAAAACGAUGAAGUCACUACAGAAGAUAAAAGAGAUCAAGAAGAAGUUAUUGGUGAAAAUGAUUUAUCAGGUGAAGAUGAGGAUGUACAUCAAUGUGGUCGAUGUAAACAAAUAUUUCAAAAACUUCAAGACUACAUCUCUCACAAAGCAUCAAAAGUUUGCAAACCCUCAAACUCAUCCAAAUCUGUUCUUCAUAAUUCAAUUAUUCUUGAGAAUCAGAAUAUAUUAUUAGCUGCUGCAAAAAACACUAUUUUUCGUGAUUCAUUUAUGUCUCUGGAAAGUGAACAAAAAGAUGACACUCAAAUUAAAGAAAAUGAACAGUUACCUGUACAAGAAACAUCAAAGUUUGACCAAACUAUUCAAGUUAAAAAGCGUGGUCGAGGGCGCCCACCAGGAAAAUCAUACUUGCAUUUUGAAACAAAUAAAGACAAAAUAACUGCUGUUGAUUGUAUGCAAGAAAUGGAAGAGGGAGGGAGUAUGCCACCUAAAGCUAAGCGAAAAUCACGCCCACCGCGUCGUCAUAAUCCAGACCCAUCACCUCAUUCAAGCAAUUUAACGCAACAAGAGUCUGUUAUGUUAUCAACAAUAGAUGAUGUUUCUGGAUUACCAACAGUUGAAAAUAUACAUAAGUUUUUUUCACUUAGUAAAGGACGUGGUAGAGGAAGAGGUAGAUCACGGCAUCCCUUGCAUCGCUGUCCAAUUUGCCAGCUUCUUUUUCCCAGUCGCACAACCAUGAUGGAACACAGGCGUAAACAUACUAAAUUAUUUAAAUGUAAAAUUUGCAAUGAAGGAUUUUAUACUGAAGACAAAUUAGAGAGACAUAGUACAAAAGAAACACACAGCUAUCCUUGUGAUCAAUGUGAAAGACUUUUCACUAACAAAGCAGCAUUAGUCCGACACAAGCUCUUGCAUAGCGAUAAAGAACAAAAAUGUGAACUGUGUGCCAAAUCAUUCAAAACACCACGUGAUUUGAAAAAUCACAUGUUAGGUAUGCAUAGUGCUACACAAGACUUCUUGUGUGAAGUUUGUGGUAAAGGUUUUUCGAGGAGAGAAAAGCUGAAACGACAUUUAAUGAUUCAUGCCCCUGACAGACCUAUAUUUCCAUGUCCUUUUAAAAACCAUGUAGGAUGUGAGAAAACCUUUUAUCGCAAAGAUAAAUUGACACGCCAUUUGUACUCUCACUCAAAAGUUAAACCAUUCAAGUGUGAACAAUGUGACAAGAGUUUUGCAAGGACUGAUAAUUUGAGAGAGCACAUUCGUUCUCAUACAGGUGUUUUUCGCUAUUACUGUACUGUUUGUGGAAAAGGGCAGCCAGGUCCGAAAAAAUUCAUUCAACAUAUGUACAAGCAACAUAAUGUUGAAAAUCCUGAAAUACCGAAGCCUUUUGAAGAACUCGCUCCUGAACCGCUUAUUCAACAGCACAAAGCUGUAGUUGAAGCUGAGACUGCUGCAAGGUUAGCAAGAGCUGCUUCAAAUUUAAAAAAGGAAAGAGAAAAGGAUCAACAUAAAUAUCGAAAAGAUGACAUAGAUUCACAAGAUUGUAUUGAUCCAAGUCAACAUCACAUAACAUUAGCCACAAUGAGUAACCUCGCGCUACAAACAGUUAACGGAUCCACUUACUUAACCUCGCCUAAUUCUCAAGAUGGAAGUGGUGAUCAACAACAAACCCGUACUACACUUGAAACGCUUUACACUAUCAACCAACAUUCAGGCAAUUCUCCUCAGUUUCAAAUUGCAAGACAGGUACCUGAAAGCGUUGUGAGACAAAUAAACGAAAGUAUUCUUAGAGAAAGUUUAGCCCGAGAGUCCAAUUUACGAGAAAGUUCACAAAGCGUUAUUCGUCAAUUAACUACUGAAGAGACCAAUCAUCUCCAAGAAACAUUGGAUAGACAGCUUGAGUCUACGCAAUUAAACAGCGAAAGCCUUCGACGACAAAUUGAUGCUGCGCAACACCAACAAGAUCUACCACAUGGCAUCACAGUAGAAGCGGAAGGAAAUAUACCAGUUUCAAAUCGUGGACUGCAAUUAUUUACACAAGGUGUUCUCCCGGGAAAUCUUCAAUUUACAACUUUACUUAAUAGUGAUUUAGUAGCCAUUGGUGAUACUGUUAUACGAAGUCAAAACGGAAUGCCAAUAUUUCAACAAAGAUUUGGACCAUCUCAAUAAUUCGUCAGAAAAUUUUGAAAAAAAGUUGUGUUUCACUUUCAGUUGGUAUUUUUGUCUUUAACAUCGGUAGUGCAUUAAUAUGUUAUAUAAAUGUCGAUAGUACA